AUGGCUACUUGUUUCUUUGCCAAGUUUGUUUUCCUGUGCUGGCUUUCCGCUAUCACCGGAGUCCUAGCAGGAAAUCGUGCGUGGGAACCCAAGGUCGCGGAGGACCUACACAACAGCACUGGGUCCGUCCAAAAUCACCACCUUGGGAAACGCUGGUACAUUAUUGAGGCAGACCCUUCCCAUAAGCUUUGGCCGAGGGGAAAUAUCAAGGUGUGUUUCCAAGCCAGAAGCCACGCGCACGAAGGAGGCGUAACGAAGACUACUGAAGAGAUUUUACGAGGCCGUUUGGAGGGAGCGCGCAAACUUUGGCGAGACGCCGGUCUCGAUGAUCAUGACGGCUGGUUCGAGUUUGAAUUUUUGCCUGUCAAUGAUCCAUUGUGCCAUGAUGAGUCACGGCGAAAAGAAUUCCUGCUCGUGAUCUAUGCCGGGUAUGACGUCGAGAUAAUGGGCACAACUCCCGGGAAACGUACCACUCUUAAAACAGACGUCUCUUUCGAUAAAAGUGGUCCGUCUAUGACCCUGUCUGACUCGUUGGAAAUGGGGAUGAAGAAUGUUGUGGCCAAUUUCGCGCACGAAAUGGGGCACCUAUUCGGAGACGGCAAUUUUGAGUGCGAGAGCCUCAGCGAUUACGAGGCUGCUAAGGAAAGAGUAAUUGCGCGUUCUAAGGGCAACACGGAGACUAUCAAGAAAAAUCUCCUUGCAAUGUGCAAAGAUCAGGCGACGGCGAAUCUUUUUGAAUUCACUGGCGCAAUGAACUGGUUGCCGCUACAAUUUGCCACAGGGCCGGAUAGGAAUGUGCCAGAUUGGGAUUCCAUCAUGAUUUGUGAGAUCCUUUUACAUCCAUUUGUUCUUUGA